GUUCUGUUCUACGUCGUUGACAUCGUUCCAUCCAGCGACCACGACCUUUUAUCUAUUUAUCGCACGGAUUACAGACCGACGAGGUGACAUACUCGUGCCUCAGCGCGUGCCCGACGAUUUUCCGGGUUCAAUUUGGGUCUAGUGACGAAGCCGGCCAGGCCUGAUUCGCUAUUCAUAUAAAAGGACACCAUCGCUCCGCCAAGAUGCCCCGCCGCGCUUCCACCCGCACCACCACUACCUACGUCGAGCAGCCAACAUAUCAGCCUUCUGCUGCCCCCUACCCUGCCCCGACGUUACCCUCUGAGCUCGUCGUGCUCCGGACGAACUGGAAAUGGGCCGCGUUAAGUCAGUUUUUCUUCACCUUUUCCCAGUUGAUGUCUAUGGACGACCUAUCGUUGAAUGACAUCGAAGAAGAUCUAGUACAGGGAAGCAACAUAUAUCUGCCCCGCGUCAUGCAGAGAUUGUUGUAUACGCUUUCGUACGAUCGCAAAAUAACGUCGAACAACUGGCAGACAGCUCUGCGAAAACAAUAUUACAAACGCGACCCGGCCGCGAACCCGAUAGGACCUGAACCGUUCCCUAGCGCGUCAAUGUCUCACACUCGGACAACUUCACUCGCCACACCGGAUUCCCAAUCUCGUGCAAAGACUGAGGACUCUGAGGUGGCCGACAAAGUCAAGAAUGAGACGCCAGCUAUGUCUGUUCCGCCUGAAGAAAUCAAAUCUGAUGUUGGACAAAACGAGGAGACUAUAAAAUCUGAGACUCCUGCUGCAGAAGAGCCUCCACAGGAGGAGGGAGAGGAGCCAGAAGAGUCCAAGGACUGGCUCGAGUUGUCCAUGCUUGAGAAACUCGAUUCCAUGCAUCUCUUGAUGGAAUGGCAAUUCCAAAACGCGACCCGACUACGAACCCUUAUGAAAUCGGAUGACGACUUGGCAACCUGGCGGAUCGAACCCAUUGGGUACGACUCCAAGAGGAAUGCCUAUUGGCUGGUGGGUGCCGACCGAUUAUGGAUACAACGAGAGCCUCCGAGACCCCCGCGGUCUUCGAAGAGCCUUAAACGCAAGAGACCGGAACCCAAGGUCAAGAACAGGAAGGGGAAAGCCAGCCUUGCGAAACGUGCACGCAUAGAGCCGCCUCCUAAAAGAGGCAAGGCAAAAGCCAAAGCCAAAGAAGACUCUUCCCCCGUUGGUCGUCGCAGUCGCGCUGCCAAAGCCCAGGCGAACAUCAAGCUUGACGCGCAGGCCAGGGAGUUGGCAGAACUCAACCGACAGGCCGCCGCUUUUAGUCGGAGCGAUAGUGGUUUGAGAACGUCAAGUCGACGACAACUUGCAUCUACACCCAAAUACACUCCAAGGGGGACACGAAACAGUGCACGGCUAAGGGGGACUCAGAAUGACGAUGAGUGGCAGGCAGUUCCAGAGGAGUGGUUGAAUGAAAGCGUUAAUGGUAACAGGAACACAAGAAGCAAAAAUUCGAAGUCCAAGACGGGUUUAGAGAGCGAAGGGAGCUCUAUAAGUGAUUUGACAGAUUUGAGCGACGAAGAAAGUGAGGAGAAGGCGAAAGGCGAUGACGAUGACGAUGACGACGAUGACGAGGAAAAGGAGGAGGAGGAGGAGGAGGAGGAGGAGGAGGAGGAACAAGAUCAAGGUGAGGCAGAUGAGGAGGGAGAUGAGGAAGGGGACCCUCCGGAACCUGUAAUUGAGCAACUGGAGGAACAAUACCAGGUACCUACAGACUUUAUUGAAUGGGAGACCAUAUGCGUUACAUUGUACGAAUGGGAGCACACAGCGGAGCGCUGGCAGAAUGCUACUCAUUACGCGGAGAAAGCACUGUACAAGGUCUUGACAACCUCCAUUGUUCCAGUUAUCACUGAGGAGCUUCGAGAAGUCGCUCGUAAGAAAAAGAUCGAGGAAGCUGUUGUACAUCGCAAACGCUCAUCUCGCAUAGCUAUCAAGGAAUCUGUGCGAGAGGAAGCUCGUCAGGCAAUUGCAAGGAAAGCCGAGGAGGAAGAAAAGAUGAGUCGUGCCAGGCGUGCAGAGGCCAGGCAGCAGAAGGAAGAAGAAGCCCGUCAGAAACGGGAGAAUGCUCGCGAGCAACGAAGAAACGAACGAGAAGCCCGGGAAGCGCAAGAAGCCAAAGAUGAAGGCGAGAGCGCCGGUAUGCCGGUCGACGUCGUUGGUAAUGGGGCUGCCGUCGACCGACAAGCGAAUGGCACAUCCGGGCACCGUACUUCGAACGGUGUCGCCAGUGGAUCUCGCACUCCGGCUGGCGAGGACUGGGAGUUGGAUUGCGAGAUAUGCCUUCGCCGGGGCGUAAAUCUCGAUGAUGGAGUUCCUAUGAUGUGCUGUGGAUCAUGUUCCAAAUGGCAGCAUAUAUCUUGUCAUGAUCAAGCUGACUUUCGAUCUGGUCGUCCAAGAAGGAACUGGGAGCAAGUGGAAUUUAUCUGCCGAAACUGUUCACAGACAAAACGACAGUCGCACUAUUCCAAUGCGCAUCCACCUCCUGCAGCAGGGCGCGAUCAGUACCUUGCGCUGCGUGCUCCUGGAUCCGUCGCGUCGACGAGCAACUCUUAUGGGAAUUACAAUGCUCCAGCGUAUCCUGGAUACAAUCCCUACUCUCAACCUACGAAAAACUACAACCACCAGCAGAUGUCUGAUGUACGUUCACAUGCCGCACAAACUCAAUCAUCGUAUCCGCUUCAAACGAAGGCCAUAUCCUUCACCCAUUACCAACCCCAACAACGCGGCUUCUCUCAAACACAUUCUUCUUAUAACGCGGCACCCUAUGUACAGCCGUAUGGACAAGCAGCUUCUGUCGGACAAUACGGACAAUACACGGAGUCAAUAACUAAUGGAUCAAAUGGCUACGCGUAUCCACGUUCUGCACCAAGUGCUAGAUGGAGCGUUACGACUCCAGCACAACAAUCUCCGGGAUAUGGCACAGCUUCCUAUCCCACUACAGAAAGGACCUCAGCCAGUGGGCGUCAGUAUCCGGACACUCAAAAAUGGCAGCAUCAGCCUACACAAAAGAUGACGGACGCAUACAGCACUGGCUACCACCCGAACACUUAAAUUGACUUAUUGGUUUCGAGAUAAUUAGACGGCACCUUGCAUGUUUAUUGGAUCUUUUAUACUGUGUGUCCGGAUAGAAAGGUGUUUUUUUUUGUUUAUUCUGUAUGUGUGUACAUGUCCGAGAUGUAAUAGUGAUACAACUAGUAAUACACAGUGC